GGCGGCGCGGCCGCCGCAAUGGCGACCCGGCGGCGCCCUUUUGCCUGGUCGCUGGAGCCCGCCUGAGACGUGCUCGUCCCACCUGGAGGACGCCGAACGCGCGUCCAGGCGGGCCCUACCACUAGCGAGGCACGGCCCGCCUGAACCCACCUCGAACGCCUUCGCUCCGUCGAUCACGUCGUGACUUGACUCGUUAGUCUCCAGCCAGGACCAAGCAAACAACCGCCACCAUGAAGAAGCUGGCGUCGACGUCGAGGCAGCGCAAGGAGCAGGCCACCACCACCAACCUGGUGCACGUCAAGCAGGUGGAGAGCCGAAACACCCGUGGCGGCGUAUUCCGGCGCACUGUGCAAAACCGAACGCGUUCGUGCGAGUCCACCGUGCAGUCCUCCGACAGCGUCCAGGAGGAAGAAGAGACCAUGGCCGCGUCCAACCUGAGCAGCGAGGUGAUCAAGAGUCGGGAGUCCACCACGGAUACCGGCAUGCCGCCCAGGAGCUCGCGUGAGCCGUCCGACAGCAGCCUGACGCUGAGCCUGCCCAAAGAGAUCCGCACAUCGUGGCUGGAGAACGAGCGGUCUUCCAAGUCGGAAAUGGACGCCGCCGCUUCAGCCGCGCUCGCGAGAUUGUCACCGUCACCGGGUGUGGUCCAGCUGCAGAGGACGCACACGUCAGAGACCCGGAGUACGGCCAAAAGCAUAUUCAGCACAAACAAGUCAGUCGUCAUGGAGACACAGCGGAACAGCAUUUCGACGCUUCCAGCGGGCCACGCGCCGCCGUCGUGCAGGCCACCCGACUACCCACCCGAGGUAUCGACGGAGACGUCCGAGUACUCGGACGUCCACCAGUAUCAGUCCGUGGAUGGGUCGUUCAACUCGCACUCGGACAAGGAGUUUCGCAGCCUGUCCUCCAAAGCUGGCGCGCCCCAGGGCUCGGACAUGUCUCUCGUCGGCAUGCCGGCCACUGGGGCAGGCGCACGCUUGGGCAGUGAAUCUUCAGUCGGGACAAAGCCGUUCGUGGUGUCGAGCCGAGUCGAUGUCGACUCGGCCGAAUCCCGCGACACAGUAGCAGGACUACCUCGCACUGGGGAGGAGGACGCCUUUCGAAACGGCUGGUUUUCUCAGGUGCAACAGGGAUUCGUGAUGCCAAGUGCCAGCGCGUCCCUCGACACCACGGCUUCCCGUGGCGGCGCCAUAGAUUUACCGUCAGCGACAUCCCUGGAGUCGCACAAGUACUGGAGCGCUGACGUCCUUCCCGCCGUCAGUUCGUGCACCUCGGCAGCAACGGGACUUGAGAGCGAUGAGUCCGGCGCGAUUGCGAGGGACGACUACCAACGUCACCUAUCGGGCGUGCCAUCGGCUGAUACCGGUCCACUUCAUGGUCACGACGGCGGACCCGUACUGAGGUCAUCGAGUUUCAAGAGCGCCGUUUCUUCGGCGGCUUCCGAGCGUGACGCGGCAUCCUCUCUUCAGAACAUCCCAGGAAAAAUGGCCGACUUAUUCAAGGCGUUCGCAACGCCCGCCAUAGAAGGCUACGAGGCUACGACCACCAGCAGCACCACGUUUCCCAUGCCUAAGGAACUGACCUGCACAAGGACGAGAACAAUCGAAAGUAAACCCGAGCAAUUUCGCUCUUCUAGAGAUAUAUCGACAACGACACGGAAAGAGGCUCACCAAGAGCACCCAGUAGGCCUUUCGACCUCGGCUGUGCUAGGUUCUACUGGAGUGACAGCUGCGGUGUCAGCUCUCCCUGGUGGUAUUCCCGAACGUAGGUUCUCCCUUCAGGAAAGAUCGGACGCCGCUUCCAAAGAUAAACCAGCCGUCAGCGGCACACCAAGUGCGAUUGCUUCGCACGAGCAACAACGGACAGCUACAGGCUCAGCGGAAUCGGGUGUUACCGCGCCAAAGCCUUCUAUACAAAGGCCUCCGAAACAACGAGCCGCCAGCCACACCCAGGUCGGCACGAAACCUCACGGGCUGCCCAGCGCAAGACAUCUCAAGAAAGGGACUGAGAGCAGAACAACGACUCCAUCUCUCAAGUCAAAAAGCCAGACCGAAGCUCUUCCUGGUAUAGCAGCCAGUGCAGGAUCGGCGAUAGCGGCAGCUUCUUCUGUCGAACAGCCCCCCAAGUUCUUUAUCGGAGCGCUAGUGCCUAGUGAUAUAUCCUCGAAAGAUGAACAACUCCGUGAGUUGACUGCGACAAGCCACAGCCCAGGUGGAGCAUCGCCGCUUACAGGAGAACACGAUAAACGCACAAAGACUGGUAGUCCGGCUACUGCUUCUGGGCGGGCCUCGCCUAAGGUGGGGAAGGGCGAGCAUCGCAAGAUUCCCUCAGCAGGAAAAGUAUCAGAAGGGGUGGUAUCUCCAAAAGGCGAGCAACGUAAGAAGCAUUCUCCACACAGUCCGACAACGUCUGGUGCUGCGUCGCCUAAGGUAUCAGCUGAGGGACGCGCCGAGCAUCCACCAAUACGCCGAACGGCAAGCGGGACUUCGUCACCCAAGGUACCGGCUGGCAUACAGCAACAGAUGCCACCCGGUGUGCUGGAUUGGAGGGGAAUGGCAACGUCUGUUCAGCCGUCACUCGCCCCAAUCGACGAAAGACUUGAGCGUUCCACAACUAGUUUCAGCAUAUCCGAAGUCGCGGCGCCAAAGCCGCCAGCGCAUACGCUUCCUUCUACUGUAGAUCGCCAUGGCAGUGCCACGUGGGCUAUCACGGCGACUACAGGAGCAAAGGCUGAAGUCGCAGCAGCGGCAGCUAUUACAGAGGAGACGCCCUCCACACAAGUCCAAACCCACUAUCUUUCCGACGAUGCCACCGUUCCUGGUGUCGGUCAAAUACCCACUUUUCCCGACAGCAUCCGUAUCGAAGCAGCAAAAAUUGAGGGUAGCGCAGACAGAAGCACAGCUCACCUUGCAUCCAUCAAGGAACACUUAACUAGUUUGGCUGCCGACACAAACUUGGCAGCCGAGGUGCCUACAACUUUGAUUCGACAGCCGACUGAAAAGCCUCAUGAUGGAGAAUUGACAGAACUCGAGCCCGGUGUUGCUGCUGAGCAUAAGAUCACACAGACCGUGAUGCGUUCGUUUACGGUGAUCCCUCUUACAGAAAAAGGUCCAGACAAGGAAAAGGAGACAGGCGUUUCACUGACUGUCACUUCUGACGCGCUUAUUACUCAGAAGCUUGGAGAAAUAGGCGCCGAAUCCAGCGAGAUUGAUGUCGCAGUGCUUUCCGAAGACCAUCGUGAAAAACCACCACAAACCACUGGAGAACCAAAGGGUGCAGGAUUUGUGGGUGCAGCCAGGCAACUUGUAGAGCAACCUUGCGAGGUUACUGCCCAAGAAGAUAGUUUCCUAGUGGUCGGUUCAGAACUAACGCAACCAAAGCGGUCUAAAGAGCUUCAGAAGACACAAAAAACGGGGUUGAGAGAAAUUUCGCGAAGUCUAGAGCAGGUGAAAAAGCCGCCACCGUUAGUACAGCUUGAGCGACCAAAGAAGGAAGGCAGCGAACUAGACCAUGAAGAUUUGCAAAAUAUUGAAGUGCUGGGUAAGCCGCAGGAACGGUUAGAUCACACACAAACCACGGAGCCUAAGGUACCUUCGGGAGAAUUUGUAGAGGCACUUUUUGCGGCUCCCGUUGACGCUUUUACUGAGGGUUCUAGAACUAGUAUUGAGCAGACUAUUGACUCAUCACGCAGAGGUGUGACCGAUGAUCAAUCUAAGAGAGCAGAACGUUUGGGUCCUGUUCCCGACAAAACAGUUUCCGCCUUGAAGGAUCUUUUCGGGGAGGAGCGCGUAAGACCGUCAGCUAGCACUCCCGUCUCAAUAGAGGGCAGGGAACCUGGAUUUUUAUUCGAAGAAUCUUUACGACGACCGACUGCAAGCUCAUCUUGGGCGGAGGCUAGCACACAAGAUGAGGAGCGUCGAAGAAGCUCCAGCGUCGGUUCGCCAAGGGCUGCGCUCACGGUAUCCGCUGCGCCUAGCGAGGACCUUCAUCUUGCCAUCGACCGUGGAGACAAGGUACAGGCCGAACAGCGUCGAAGAACGUCAACACUCAGCACUGCGCGUCCAAGUACUAUAACAACCGGCACCCGCCCGGACGAAACUUCUUUAACUUCCGCCAGCGAUGGCCGCGAGUUCGCCGGAUCGACGUCUAAAGAGUUGCAAAGGGGUCCAAAAGACCGGUCUGACCCUUCGUCUACUUACGGCUCCACUGCAGCAAGUUGCAGGACACCUGAGCUUGACUACCACGGCGACGUGUCGAGGAAGAGCCAAGAGGUGACGGGGGAAGCAGGGGUCACGCAUGAAGACCACACAAGCGCUUUACCAGCGGGCGUUUUUGUCGACAAGCACGACCAGCGAGUUGCCGGGCCUGCGCCCGAAGAUACCGCUAGCGAACACGCAGUUACGGUGUCCGAUUCGCGUGGCUUUCAGCCGUCCUUGGUAGAGGGCCUCUUCCAACAGCUAAGGCAGGGCGCGACCGGAAGGCGAAAGUCCGCCGAGGUAGCUGCCGGCAAAAAGGCCGAGGAGCGCUCGGCGUUCGUCGAGACCGUCGUAACGAAACCGCGCGCAGAACUUGACAUCGAAGGUACCGCGUCGGGAAUCCCCGACGACAUCGACGAGGACGCGGAGAAGACCAGAGACCUGUACCCGUUCUUCGCCCCCGAAGAAGACCUGCAAAUGGCGGUGUCCGCCAUGAACUUGCCGUCCGAACCUAUCGACUUCGAGGCGUCGUUCGGCGGCAGGUCAACGCUUCGCGAUGACCAAAGCUCGACCACUUUCCUGCCCGUGUCCUCAGGAGAAGUGCGCCAGGGGCACGGCUUGGGUCAGCGUGGCGGUGCGGCGGCUAGCGAGUCGCUCCGAGAAGGGUCAGCAGAAUACGACCGGGAAGACGGGGCGGCGCGCGUGGCACUGUCAGACAGCGACAUCGGCCGGCCUCCCAUUGUAGAGAUCGUUUUCACCGGGUCGCCGCCGCAAGUCCGAGGUAUUCCCUGCACGGCUCUCGUGGAGAUUCCGUCCGAACAGCGAAUCUCUGUGGCACCGACGCGCGAGCUUCUCGAGCAGAACUUUUGGGAGUCGGAGGGUGGUCUCAGCCUAGGCGGUACGUUCAUCUCCCUGGAGGACUCCGAGCCGCCCUCCAGGAGUUCUGUAAUGCAGGCAGCUGCUCGCAUCUUCCGCGCGGCAUCACCGCUGCUCGGCAUGUUUCCGGUGCAAGAGGAGAGUCCGCUGAACGUGCCCGUGCUGCCGCGCGACUACCCACCGCCGGCGCCGCCCCAGUCGGUCGCCGAACAGUGGAAGGAGCCCGAGGAAAAGGCCUCGAAAGAGAGAAAGAUCAAAGCGGUGCCCCAGCGCAUAGUGAGCACUAUGAGGAGCACCCUGGACUCGGUGGCGCCGGUCAUCGCCCUGUCUUUCGCCCUGUUCGCCUUCGUGACGGCCGCCGCUCUGUUGCUCAGCCGGGAUGGCGACGAAGUCUAUCACCUGUAAAGUCUCACGGUACCUGGAUUAGUUCGUGUACAAUGGACCAAAAGAUCGACUUUCUUUUUGUUUUGAUAUUUUGUGACGUUGUGAAUUCAAUUAAACGCAUCGAAAGCUCCGUC